AGACGCGAAACGGCCAUAUGAAAAUUUUCAUUUCUCUGAAUCUGUGAGGAGAGGUGUCGCCAUCGACGUUGGCUGCUGGGGUUUGUGUUUGUCACCGUGUUCUCUUUUGAAUUGUGUAUUUCCCGAAGCGGUCGUCACCCUUCUCCGAAGUUGCAGCGGAGAUCCGUGCAAGUGCAGUGCGUUCCAUUAAAAAUUUGCUCGUUUAUCGCGUUUUCACGGAACGAGAAGCCGCGCGCCGUGUACACAACGAAAAAAUUCUGAAUGAAAAUUUCCUGUCGUGCGCCCGUGCCUCGCUCCCCCAGUGCGAGCGAUCGCGUCCAGUGUUUUCUUUUAUCGAUUCCCGAGGAAAAUUUGUUUGUUCUCGAGUUUCGCCGCGUUGUUGGUGUUUUUGAUGUGUUCUACUAAGGGAGAGGCGGGCGUCGCUUGUGGCGUGGAUUGGGGAAGGAAUUAGGUUGUCGGAAGUUCGAAAUACGGACUGGAUAAUCAGUGCCCACUCCCAGAGUCGGUCGGCGAUUCGCGUUCCAGGAGUUCUCGCUAGAAGGCCACCAUCGUCGAGCAACUCCACUGACUUUGACAGGAGCCCGGGUCACAGCUUGACGAUUGCCAAGGAGACAUUUGCCGCGAUUCUUGGGACAAAUUCGGUUUGGACCCAGUCCCGCUGAGCCCACUUGCAUCGGAACGUGAGUGCCGCCGACUCGACCAGUCGCUGACCGUUUUCCUACCACCAGUGCAGGGGCUCCCUAUUCAGGGCAUGUAUUUUCUACUUGCCCCUCCGCCCGCGACCGACGUUUUGAGCCCAUUCCAAUUGGAAAUUCAGUAGAAAGCGGAGUAAUUGUGGGCAACGUCAAUUGAAGCGUGAAAUCCAGUCGCAGGUGAAUCGCGAGUCGGGAAGAGUUACAUAAGGCGGGUGAAGGGAAGUGCGUGCGGAUCGGGUCGCGGAUUCACGGUGCCCGUGCGAACUUCGAACACGUUGCCUGCUCCUUAGCCCCGCGGGCAUGAACGGCUUGGCUCGCAGUUGAUUUGCGUUUUCUCUUGCGCCGUCCCAAAGUUCCGUUGUGCAAUCUACAGUUUCCGUGCGGCGAUUUGUCAAAUUUUCCAAAUUUCUCCGCUCGCAGAGCAACGGAACGAGCUUGUGUUUCGCGGUUUGCAUUCCUAAUUAAUCGCUAAUCCCAGAAGAAUUUAAGAAAGAUUCAAGUGCGGUGAGAAGAAAUACAUUGCAAAGAAACGAGUGCUGUCAAGUGUUACGUGUUCUAGUUUCGUCGUGUUUUUUUUUUAUCUUUAAUUGGUUACAGCUGCGGAAGCUAUUUCGUUGAGAGGAAGGCACAGGUUGCGGUUUUGGUUUCAACCGCUGUGCACGGUGAGCGAUCGCCAACCAAGGUGCUUGGACGCCUCCAGUUCCAGACCAGAUCCGCCGCCCACCUUCCAACCAGCCGUCGUGCAGUGCAUGUUAAAGUCAGCAAGUUGGGAACGACACCAGCCAGAACCACGAGAAGAACGUUGCCAGUGAAUUGCGAGUAAAUGCAGCCUUAUAUGGAGUAAAGAAAUUUUCCUUCUGAAGUUUGCUCGCAUCUAUAAAAAUGCAGAGCGUUGGUAACGGCAAUCGUGCCAUAGUUUACGAUGGUAAAAUAGCUGGUCUUUAUGAUUUAGAAGAAACAUUGGGAUCAGGCCAUUUUGCUGUUGUGAAACUUGCCAGACAUGUUUUCACCGGCGAAAAAGUAGCUGUUAAAGUAAUCGAUAAGACUAAAUUGGAUGAAGUAUCUAGGGCACAUUUAUUUCAAGAAGUUCGAUGCAUGAAGCUAGUGCAACAUCCAAAUGUGGUUCGACUCUAUGAAGUUAUAGACACACAAACCAAACUCUACUUAAUAUUAGAAUUAGGCGAUGGGGGUGACCUUUAUGAUUACAUUAUGAAACAUGAAGGCGGUCUAUCUGAAAAUUUAGCUAGAGAAUAUUUUAGGCAAAUUGUGCGGGCAAUAUCGUACUGUCAUCAGCUACAUGUUGUACACAGGGAUCUCAAGCCCGAAAACGUUGUGUUUUUUGAAAAACUAGGUGUAGUUAAAUUGACUGAUUUCGGUUUUAGUAAUAAAUUCUGUCCCGGCCAAAAAUUAGAAACAUCAUGCGGUAGUUUAGCAUAUUCAGCACCUGAAAUUCUCCUCGGUGAUUCUUAUGAUGCACCGGCUGUUGAUGUCUGGUCACUAGGCGUAAUUCUAUAUAUGCUUGUUUGUGGUACUCCACCAUUCGAGAAAGCCAAUGAUUCGGAAACGCUUACAAUGAUUAUGGACUGCAAAUACACAAUGCCAUCGCAUGUGUCGGUUGGUUGUCGCGAUCUGAUAGCAGCUAUGCUUGUUCGUGAACCUGAGAAACGCGCCACCUUGCAAGCAAUCGCCCAAAACAGCUGGUUAACGCAAGGUGCUCAAGAUACUGUGCCCGAAUAUUUGCCACUUGUGAGUCGUCAACAAGUUAGUGAUGAAGAUCAUACGCUUAUUAUUCAAAAGAUGGUGAAUGGUAACAUAGCUACCAAAGAGGAGAUUCUAGAUGCCUUAGAUCGAAAUGAAUAUAAUCACAUCACUGCUACGUAUUUCCUCCUUGCCGAACGUAAACUUCGACAACAGCGACAAGAUCAAAUUCAAAAACGUCGUCCAGAAUUGUCCUUGCCCGUAUCGUCCACGUCCAGAUUAUCACCGCGCACUCGAACUGCAGCAAACAGUACUGAUCGAGAAUCGUCGGGAGAUAGUCGAAAUCAUUUAUUAGUACCUAGCAAUAAUCAACUUACUCCAAGAACGCCUGGUGCGGAAUCGACUGCUGGCGGUCGAAGCCGAAAAUGUAGUAUUGUGCAAGAGGAGGACGACGAAGACGAAAUACCAAGUUCGAAUCGCGAUGAGCUUCAAACGCCACUAAAUAGACGAGGUUCUCGUUCGGAAGGUCGUAUAAAUUUAGCUAUACAAGAUCGCGUCCCUGAAGCAGAAAGAUUAAAAAAGGAGUCAACGAAUGCUCCAACUAAUUCAUCAUCAACAAAAGCCAAUUUAGAGACUGGAACAAACGUAGAAUAUCUUAGCGGUGCGACCGGUGGUCUGAAACCAAUCAAUAAGGAUCUAAUCAAUAUGAGAAACCGUCUAGGAGGCGUAAGCGGCGGAAUAUCUAGAAAAUUAGUAGAAAAUAAUAGAUGUAAGGAACAGCUACUAUUGAAUAGUAGUUCAAAUAAUUGUAGUAAUAACAAUAGUAAAUUAAAUGAUAUCGGACAGAGAUCUAAUUCAGUAGAUCACCAAAAUAUCGAGACUGAACAACAUCAUCGUGCAGAUGUGACGCAAACCAAAUUUCUAGUCGAUUCGUCGACUAUCACAAUUCCCAUAAGUUCGGCGACAUCACAAACCUCGUCGUGUACAAACGCAAUUCCAAAAUAUAAAACAAUGCCAUCGCCAACGAGACCAAAUGCAAUAUUAACAGGAGGAGCACGUGCUCUCAAUGAGAUUUUCGAGGAGGGUACAGAUAUUGGUUCCUCCGAUAGUGCAACUACAACACCCCGUCCAGUUGUUCGAAGUUCACACUUCACGAGCAAUCGGGCAAAUCAGAGUAAUCCGACUACACAACGGCGAUCAAAAUUCCACAAGAGUCGAACACCAUCGUGUAGUAGUUCGGAUGCAUCCGAUGAUGACUCGGAAUCACGAAAAAAGCGUGUUCACAAAAUUAACGUAAAUGAUGUAUCAAAACCGCUUCAGAGCCAGCGUCGUGAUUCACACGACGAUUCAAGCGAUUCUCAAGAUCAGGGAACGGCUGCUGCUUCAGGGGGAAAUGGUUCGUCGUCGGGUAUGUACCUUCUUCCGGCCGCGACGACGACUACAACUGGUGAUCGUACCGGAUCGACUACGACCCAUACAACAAACCAAAAUUCUAAUUGUGCAACCCAUGGACGUCAAAAGACUGAUCAGCCUCCAAUCGUUUUCCGGCGGCAUCGGGCCGGACGACGAAGGGCGGGCGAGACUCGCUUACGGGAGAGCCAAUCGCUGAACCGUAUAACCGAAGUUCAAGAGUCAGAAUUACCGCCAGUUAGUAAUUCCACUUCCAGCCAGUUGCAUAGCAGCAACAACAAUAAUAACAACAUGAGCAAUAACAGCCACAGUGCAAUGAAUAGCAGCAUGCCGGCGUCGAUGAUGCAAGCGGCAACUCAUGUAAAUUGCCACCAAAAACCAAAGGGAAUAAGUGCACGUCUGUUCCACGGAUUUAUCAAGAAAGCCGAUGUCAUUCAAACACCAUUGCAUGAUAGCACGAGUACGGUUACGAUAUCGCCUGAUCCUGGGUCAAAUGACGAGGUUGAUAUGGUGUUGGGAAUGGAUUUCACGAAGAACUCUCUGCGUGUGAACGAAUCAAAAAGUUCAUCGGCUACGAAGAAGUUAAAGAUGCUUGGCCGAUACUUUCAGGUUCAUAAAAAAAUCUGCAUUCCUCUACCAGGCUUAUUUCAACGCGGUCGGCUUUACAAGGCUCAAUCGUGUGGAUCCAUUGUGCGAGACAAAGUGAAUCAUAACAUCCAUAGUAACGCGCCACCGAACACAACAAGACAUUCAGUAUUAUUUACCGAGAAAGGCAAAAUCUUACGUAACUGUUUGGGUUCUAGAUUUCUUGGCAAUAGUGAUAGUGAUAUUAAUCAAAAUAACGGUAAGACGGCUACUCAGAACCAACUCCCACAAGCGUCCUUGCUGUUCACGAUACCUUCAUCGCAACAAACGUUGGCACCGACGCAGCUAGCCAUGUCACAAAGCAAGUCCAGUGUAGCAGCUAAUACUGUAUUGUCCAACACCAAUACCACCGCAACCACUUUCAUCAACUCAUCUGCAACAGCACCAGCACAAAACUGCAAUUUGCCAAAUAAGAAAUCUACAUCACCUUUACAUCAAUUAAGUGACGUUCCGCUUUGUAGUAGUAAAUGUUAGUUAAUUCUAUAUAUUCAAAGUAUGUUGUAUCAAAUCUUAACGGGAAAACAAAUUAAACCACAUAAUAUAAAGUAGGCAAAUAGGAGAAGGUUGGUCACACUACUGAGAAUACUGCAACAUGAAAUGAAUCGUAAUCUGUUAAGCUAGGUUUAAUCAAUGAUUAGGUGGGUAGACAUGCAGAAUGAGAGACGAGCUCUAGCAAAUUAAGCAUGUAAGGGAAAUCCGUUUUAUUUUGAAAUAUUGUAUAUUUCAAUUUCUCGAAUAUAUUUGCAUGUGUGGUCUAUUUCGUAUUCUGUUUUUUAGAAGACAUGCGGAAGACAAAUGUGUAUAAGGAAUUAGUUUUGAUAAACGGAAAAAAAUUCAUAUACCCUACAUUAAGUAUUAUACAAAACCCUUCGUUUUAGGUUUAUUUCUACUCGAAGCUAUAUCACGAUUCUAUUCUAUUCUACCUGAUUUUAAUUCCCUGUUUUUCAAAGGCGCUCUAUUUUCGCACUAAAUAGGAUCUCAUAUUGGAAGGAAAAUUCGUGUUUGAGGCUAAAGGAUCGGAUUAGAACUAUCGAAGCAAAAUUUUAGAGGGACACGCUCAAAGAAGAAAUUCUAUGAUAGGAAUUUAUUUCAAAUGUCGAUAGUUCUGCAAACUUCUUCUGUAUACUUUUUCGCGGCUUUGUCAAUUCACAAGGUAGAAUCCCUGGCAGAUAAAAACCUUCAUAAGUUUCAUUUGGAGCUGCCUCCAACUCACUAAGUUGAAAGCACUUACAGUCGAUAAGCUUUGCUGUGUAGAUCUCAUUUACCCUCUACAUCUCUACGCCUCAUCCUAUAUUUCAGGGAGGAGAGACUAACCGCUAGCCCACCUGCAAGGUUACAGAGCAAAUACAGCCGUAAUUUUACCUUGUCUGCACUGGAAAGAGCAGAACCACGUAAAAGUAUAAAAGAAUAAAUUGUUGAAAAUGCAUUUGUAGCUGUGCAUGCGGGCAAGUGCGAUUUGUUUAAAUGCAUCGCUUUAGCUUCCCCGCACUAGUCUGAAAUUUUGAGUUUAUCUUAGUUCUGUCAUUGAAAUUGACUUCAAAUUGCAGAAGAAAUUCCAAACAAAUCCAAAUUCAUGUGCAAAUACGAACUAAAUUUAAAUAAGAGAUGAUUUUUUUCCUAUAUGUUUUGCAAAAAGCAGAAAUAUAGUUAUUGUUAUCGUAAAAAAGAGCAAAAGUGGAAGAACAUGAAAAAUAUAUAAGUAGUUAAGUACAAAACGAAAGCGGAAAAAUAUACUGUUUUUUCUGUGUUUGAAAAAUAAAAAAA